GCGUGGGAGAGGUGGGGUGGGAGGCCUAGGCGGUAGCAGCAGCAGCGGCGGCGGCGGCAGUAGUAAUAACAACAUAAGCAGUGGGACAUAUGUGACAGAUAACAACGGUUGUACGAGCAGCAGCAGCAACAACAAUAGCAGUAGCAGCAACAACAACGGGAACAACAACUUUGGCGUCGCUGCCGGCAGCAUCCGCAUGCCGUACAAGGGCAUGCGUGCAUGUACCGCCGGGCAAAGAGAGGGCUGUAGCAGCAAUGACAGCGACCAAUGCUUCGCACAACAGCAGCAGCAGCAGCAGCAACAACAACAAUGCGAUGGUCGGCAACAGCAGUUUUGCGAAGAUGACAUGCACUUGUUGAGAGACGUGCGACUACCUGUAUCCGCAGAUGAAAGGGACGAAGCAGGGCGGCCCCAGUCGGGCCUUAUGCUUGAUGAUAUGAAACACCACCACCCUCCGUCGCAGCAGCAGCAGCAGCAGCUGGCAGGGGUCUCACCGCAUGCGGGCGGGGAGAGGUGUGCGCAGGCUGCCUCGCGGCGCCUCUUCAUGCUGGUGUUCCGAGAUGUGACGGAGGAGAGGCUGAGGGGGCAGCAGCAGCAGCAGCAGCAGCUGAGCCGAGGGGAGCAGCAUCAGCAGCAACAACAACGGCAGGAAGAGCCGCAACAGCAGCAACAAGAAGAAGAGGAGCAGUCCUCGACAGUGCGGCAAUGCCAGGGAGCAGGCGGAGCAGACCCGCUGCACCAGCCACCCGAUGCGGCUCCGACAGCCUCCGAGGCGGCGGUGGCGGCACCUCAACCCGGCGGGCUGCUAGCCGGGACCUCUCCUGCUUUGCUGGAGGCUCUGGCAGCAGCAGCAGCCGCGGCAGCACCACCCACUACCACCGGCACCACCACCACCAACAUCAGCACCUCCUGGGGUUGCGACAGCGCGGGGGCGAGCAGCAGCAGCAGCAGCGAGACAUGCAACAGCGGCAGCAGCAGCCUAGAUGAAGGAGUUGUAGUGGUUGGAGGAGGUGGAGAACGUGCAGUUGGGUGCGCUUCCUUGACGACCAUGCGCGGACUGGGCAGCGGCAGCUGCGGAGGCGAUGUGGGCGGCGGCCUGGGUGGUGAGCCCCGGUGCUGCCUGCACGACCUGGCGCUGGGGGCCGUGAAGGAGGGUAUCACCAUCUCCGACCCCUCCGCGCCCGACCACCCAAUCGUGUACACCAACCAGGCCUUCCUGGACAUGACCGGGUACAGUCGGGAGGAGGUGUUGGGCCGCAACUGUCGCUUCCUGCAGGGCCCCGACACCGACCCCGCAGCCGUGCAGGCCAUCCGUGACGCGCUCGGCCGCUGCGAGUCGGUCAGUGUGCAGCUGCUCAACUACACGAAGACCGGAUCCAGGUUCUGGAACGAGCUGCGGCUGGCCCCCGUACGGCACCCCCGUACGGGGCAGCUGGUGGCUUACAUCGGGGUGCAGAACGACGUGUCGGAGCUGCUGGCUCGCAAGCAGUCCGAGGCCCGGCUGCGAGACGCCAAGGAGGCGGCUGAGAGUGCCACGCAGGCCAAGUCGCAGUUCCUGGCCAACAUGAGUCACGAGAUCCGCACCCCCCUCAACGGCAUGAUCGCCACCACGCAGCUGCUGCUGGCCUCGCUACUCAACCCGGAGCAGCGUGAGCUGGCUGAGACGCUGCUUGAGAGCGGGUGCACGCUGCUGGGCAUCCUGGGCGACAUACUGGACUUCUCCAAGAUUGACCACGGCUCGCUGGAACUGCAGAGGCGACCCAUGUGCCUGCGACAGGCCACCGAGGCGUGUAUCGAGCUGGUGGCUGCCGAGGCCGCCAAGAAGGGUCUGGCGCUGGCCUACCUGGCGGCGGAUGAGGCGCUGGAGCGGCCACUGCUGGGGGACCCGGUGAGGGUACGGCAGGUGCUAGCCAACCUGCUGUCCAACGCGGUCAAGUUCACGGAGCGAGGGGAGGUGGUGGUGCGUGUGGGUGUGGAGAAGGCAGCCCACUGCCGCAACCCACAUGAGGACGAAGCUGCAGCCCGGGCUGCUGCUUCCUCAUCAUCAUCCGGUACCACCGGCGCGCCUGCCGCACCCGCCGGGACCUCGACCCACGCUGUCGCCGCUGCCAGCUUGUCCUCUUCAUCCACCUGCACCGCUGCUGCGGCGGCGGCGGCUGCGGCUGCCGCUGAUCCGCAUGAUCAGGACAAGGGUAGUAGGGAUGGCGGCUGCCAAGGCCAGCGGGAUGCAGACGCUGAUGACCCUGACGGCGAAAGCGGCGACGCUGAUGACGUCAACAACAACAACGAAGACAACAACGACAACACUGUCGUACACAUCUCCGUAACCGACACGGGUAUCGGCAUCAGCGAGGAAUCCGCUCGAAAGCUCUUCCAGCACUUCCGACAAGGCUCCGAAACCAUGUCCCGACGGUACGGCGGAACCGGGCUGGGGCUGGUCAUUAGUAAGCGGCUUGCGCAGCUGAUGCAUGGUGACGUGUGGGUGGAAUCGCAGCCGGGACGCGGGUCUACCUUCCAUUUCACUCUGCGUGCGGAAUGGGCGGCUGCUGCGACGCCGUGGAUGUACUCCCCCGCUCGAAGCGCGGGUUCCACUCCCACCCAGUCCAGUGACUGCACCCCGCGGACCUCCACUGACGAGGGCAACGCGGGGAGCGGUGGGUAUGGCGGCGGGAGUAGUGCUGCAGGCGGCGGCGGCGGCGGCGGUGGUGUUGGUGGUGGGUGUACGACGGCGGUGGCGGACGGUGCACCGAGCGGCCGCUCCUCUGGCGGUGCUGGCGGCGGCAGCAGCAGCCGCCUGAGCAGUAGCAGCGGCGGCAGCUGCGGCGGCGGCGGGAGCGGCGGCAGCGGCCGGGGACCCCGGGAGCUCCGUACCUCGCCCUGGUUGCCUGACGGCACCCCCAUUGACAGCGGCGACAGCGGCAGCCUGCCGUCCCCCUUGUCGCCCUCGCAUGCGGCCGUCAGCAGCACUGGCCGCACGUCCAGCGUGGCGGCGGACGAGCGGGCCGUUCUGCUGGGGCGGUCGGUGCUAGUGGAUGUGACACAUGCCGCCACGUCGACCCAGGUGUGGAACAGCUGCAGGCAGAUGGGCCUGGUUGCCGUACAAGCUGCGACGGGGAGUACGACAACGGCAUCAUUGCCGUCGCCGUCGCCGUCCUCAUCUUCGGCGGCGGUGGCGGCGGUGGUGGAUCCCGAUAGUGCAGCUCGACCGUCCUCACCCUCACCCUCACCGACUGCCUCCUCGCUCUCGCUUUUUCCUGCAAUCUUCUCUUCCACCUUAGCAACCACCGACGCCACGACCCCCACGUCCAUCUCCACCUCAGCCACCCCCGCCAUCAUCACAUCUGCCGUACCCUCCCAGUCUGCUGCCGUACCGCCGCCUCAAUCGUACGACAUACUCGUCGUCUCCAUGGACCGCCUGGUUUCGGCGCUCAAGGCGGGUUGGAAGGGGAGGCCGGUGGUUGCCCUGGGCGACCGAGAGCAGCUGCCUCCCGCGCUGCAGCCGCUGGUGGUGGUGACGGUGCUGCCAGUGAAGCACUCCCGGCUGGUAACGGCGCUGGUGAAGGCGACGGCGCUGCUGCGGUGGAACGGCAGUAGCGCGCCCAAGUUGGGCAACGCGCCCAUACCCAACGAGUCCAUACAGACGCUCAAGUCCUGGCGGCUGAAGCGCGGCUCCGACAGCGAGGGCAUCAACCGCCGCACCUCCCUGGACAACUCCGCGCUGGAACGAGCGGCCAUGACACGAGCCGGGGGGCCGGGGGCGGCUGCUGCUGCUGCUGCUGCUGCUGCGGUUGUCGGCAUGGGUGUGGGUGCAGGCGCCGGCCUGGGCAUGGGCCUGGGCCUGGGUGUGGGUGUGGGUGCUUCAGGAGUUGGGCUGGGGCUGUUUGCGCGCGGCGGCAUGGCGGGGAAGUGCACCUCGGCGGUGCAGCAGGCACCCAUUCCCGAGCAUGAUGAGCUCCCGGCGGUCUCGGACGACCUGUCGGGGGCUAGGGCGCUGCUGCCGGCCCCCAGCCUGCCUCCCAACGGCUAUUGGUCCGGCACCGGUACGGCACCGCAACUGCAGCAAGCGGGGCCGCCAUCCACGUCAGCUGCUGCUGCUAUCACGGCUGCUGCUCCUGCGGCGACUGCGGCCCCUUCUUCCGUCACACCAGCCGUAAGCGCGGCGGGUGCUGAGGGUCAGCAGCAGCAGCAAGCCAGCCUGCAGCAUCUGCGCAUUCUGAUCGCUGAAGACAACAAGAUCAACCAAAAGGUGGUGCUCAAGGUGCUGCAGCGGAUCCUGCCCGGCUCCCAGCCUCCCGACGUGGUGGAGAACGGGGUACAGGUGCUGCAGGCGCUGCAGAAGAAGACGUACGACCUAAUACUCAUGGACAUCCACAUGCCCGAGAUGGACGGCCUGGAGGCCAGCAGGCGCAUCCAGGAGCUGUUCAAACCGGAGGAGCGGCCGCGCAUCAUUGCGCUGUCGGCUGACACAGUCCAGACGCUGCAUGACCGCUGCAGGGAGGCGGGCAUCGAGGCCUUCCUGGUCAAGCCCUUCCGCAUUGAGGAGCUCGCCCGGGUGAUGCGAACCGGCUCGGCCGGGGUGCGGAGGCCCUCAACACUGGAGACGGAGGCCGCUAACCGGGGCCCCGCCUUGAUUGCAUGAGCAUGGCAUCGAUGGCAUACGCAUGGGUUGUUCAUGUGUGAUCAGGGUGGCCAGAAGAAGUGACUCAUGAUGGGGAGUUGGACCUGAUAGGUGAUUGGGGUUUAUUUGUUACAUUAGCGCCAUGUA